AUGAUACGUCGUCAUGCAGGCAACAAAGUUUCUAUAUCAGGGCGUUACCCCGCACCCAGAUCAAAACCGCACCAAGCUUGCUCCGUUGGUGAUAGUGUAGUGUUUCCGCGUUCGACUAAGCUCGGCGGUCAUUGGCGCGGCGCUGUUUAUUGCGGAGAUAUUUUCGGCGGUGAUCUCCAGCGUGUGAAGCAGAACCCCCCCCUUGCGUGCCGUUACCACCCCCUCUCUCUGGAUGUCAAGCAACGUGCGCUGUGCUGCGAGUGCACCUGUGUUGAUAGCCUUUUUUCAUGUGGCAUCGCGGGCUUCUCCUGUCUGGACCCCUCCGCGACUGAUUUAUACGACUGCGAGGAGCCGCCGGCCGCUACUCCUUGCUCGGCGGAAGCUCAGCAGGCGUGGGUGGUGGAAGACUCUGCACAGGCACAGGCUCUGGCAGCCAACGUCAACUGCUCCGGCGGGUCCUUCCAGGUGGAGUGGAGAGGAAGCGUGUCCUUAGAUGCACCUAUCUUCAUCGUGCACGGGACCGAUCUCAACGUGACGGGCGGUGGCGAAGCGAGCGCUGUCAUCGACGGGAACGGGACCACGCGAUUAUUCUCCGUCGACAACGCCACCCUCCGCUUGAGCGGGGUGGAACUCCGCUCCGGUUCUAGCGCCAUCGGCGGGGCGAUUGCAGCGUCUGGUGCCACGUUGGCGUUUAACAACACAAGUUUUGUCAACAACAGCGCUGGCAGUAACGGAGGGGCGCUGUGGUUGACCGAUUCGAGCGUCUCGUGGGGGGGGGGCACAGAAUUCAUUAGCAACACUGCUGCUGAGUCCGGAGGUGCGAUUUUCCUUCUGAACGGAUCGUACGUAAGCUCUACCGGAGACACGAACUUUGUGCGGAACGGCGCACUUGUCGACGGAGGCGCGGUGGGAUCGGUUGCCUCGGAUUCUGUUCUGAGCCCCGAGGACUCCACCCUUUCCAUCGAUGGUCCUACGGCUUUCGUGAACAACACGUCCGGAGAGAACGGCGGCGCCUUAGCUCUGCUUGGAGGGCUUUCGAUUUCUGUCAACACGGGGGAGACCAGCUUUGUCGAUAACUCUGCUAACUUGGCGGGAGGGGCCGUCUACGUCUCCGACACAGCAAUCGGCCCGACAUUUUCCGACGUUAUAUUCGACUCCAACUCCGCUCAGGUCGGAGGAGCAGUCUCCUCCUUGGGGUCUGGGAACGUGAAAGGGGGCGAAAACGACCAGCUUCUCCCGACCACUUUCAGCCGAUGCCGGUUCACCUUCAACCGGGCAACAGCAACGGGUGGGGCUGUCGACAGCGCGAGUGGACAAGAUCUUUUCGAAGACACCGUGUUUAGGGGCAACCAAGCGGUGACGGGGGGUGCGCUGAGACUGGCGGGAAGGGCGUCUUUAGUAAAUUGUUCUUUUGUGGAGAACCUUUCCGACGACGGGGAGGGCGCGGCAGUGUCCAACGUCGGUGUCAUUUCGGAGAUCAGCAACACCACCUUCAGCGGGAACGUCUUCAACUGCGCGCCAGACACGUUCCUGAACUACACUUCAGGAGAUGCGUUGGACGAAGCCUGUAGCGGAUGCCAAACUACCUGCGAUGGAUGCGUCCAACCGCCCGUGGUCCCGUUAUGCUCGGACGUGAUUCCCCAUUCAAGGAGCGAUGGUGGCUUGGUUACCCUGGAAACCCUCUCGAUCGAUCCCGGCUACUGGAGGGCCACUAAUUCUAGUACAGAAGUCCUGGCGUGCUACAACGUCGACGCCUGCGUUGGGGGUAUUACGGGGGCAACUGAGUACUGUGUUGAGGGUUACGAAGGGCCAUAUUGUGCCAUUUGCAGUGACGAUUACUCGGCCCAACUGGGAUUCACCUGCAGCAAGUGCCCCAACAGAGCCGGCGGUAUCCUGCUCGCAACCGCUCUUGCCGUGAUAGGACUCUUCACCGUCGUUGCCGUGGUCUCAUACGUGGCAUGGAGGGUGGAUCCGAACACGGGAUGCGCAAUGGCAGGGCACCUGAAACGGUACCUCCCGCUCCAGACUUUGAAGAUCCUUGUGGUGGCGUGGCAGAUCGUGACUCAGUUUACUUCCGCGGCGAACGUGACCUACCCGGACGUGUACCAGCGCUUCCUGAAUGGCCUGGACGUGUUCAACUUCGAUAUUUCCUGGGUAUUGUCGGCUGGUUGCGUCAUGGACCUUGAUUUUCACGACCGGCUGCUGCUCUCGACGAUCGGUCCCAUCAUGGCUCUGCUAUUCCUGGCGGCAACCUACAGAGCUGGUUCGCGCAUCAACCGCGGAAAUGCGGCGACCCUGCAGCUUGUUUGGGACAGGCAUGUGUCGAUGGUGCUCCUAUUGGUGUUUCUGGUCUACUCCGGCGUCAGCUCUGUUGUGUUUCAGACUUUUGCGUGCGACCAGCUCGAGGGCGGCGGGGAAUACCUGCGUGCGGACUACCGCAUCGAGUGCGAUUCCUCCAAGCAUCAAGGAUUCCGUGUGUACGCAGGGUUCAUGAUUCUGCUGUACCCGGUGGGCAUCCCUGCCUUCUACGGCGCUCUUCUGUUGAGGGAUCGCGACGUGCUGGAAAAGGAUCCGGACGGUCGAGAAGAUCCUCCCCGUGUCGCUUCGAUCUCUAACCUGUGGCAGCCGUACAGGCCUUCGGUGUACUACUACGAGGUGAUUGAAUGCGGUCGCCGUAUUCUGCUGACCGGCCUAGUCGUGUUCAUCUACCCAAACACAGCCGCCCAGAUUGCGAUAACGCUCAUCAUGACCGUCGUCUUUGCGGUGCUCUCAGAAGCCUUACGCCCAUACGCGCAAGCGUGGGACACCUGGGUCAGUCGCGUGAGUCACGCCGUAGUCUUCAUGAGCGUGUACGUCGCGCUCCUGCUCAAGGUAGACGUGUCCAACGAGAAGGGAAGCAGCCAAAAGGUCUUUGAGGCCGUUCUCGUUGCGGCGCACGCUUGCAUGAUUUUGGCGGUUGUGGUGGAGACGAUCUUGCUGGGGUGCCCGUCGAGGGUGAAGGAACAAGACGAACCGGCGCCAAGGGUUGGCGGCGAUAGCGUGACGAUGAGGUUUUCGUACACGAACGAGAUGAAGGUAGGUUGUGCGGGCAACUCGUCUGCUGAGGACGAUGACGACGACCACAUGAACGAGGCGGGCCUGACACCCGUAGGAUGAGGAACAGAACACCGCGUUCUUUACAAGCGAUGCACCGUCAGUGUUUGAUGGGCCGUGCGUGUGUAGCAGAACGCUUGUUGGACUUGAUAGAGAAUACGACGGUGUGUCCCGAGGGUGGGGGUUCGCAAUACAUUGGGGAAAUAUGGGGUUGUGUCAAGGAUGAUUGUAGACAGACAUAUCCAUACGUAGUCGGCUUUCGGUUGUGUUUGCUUUUGUGCCUUUUCACAACGUUCCAAGCGUUUGGGAGAGAACCAGCAGGGGCAAGAACCGAAUGCGCGGGUCUGGAGUUUUCCUCAGCCAGUGAUUAUAGCAAUGGUGUCCGUACGGUGUCUGCACUGGGUGGCUUGGCACACCACCAAUGGGCGGCUGGGGAAGGUCGGGAAGCGCGUGCUAACAUUUCAGACCCUUGCACUUCGAAGAGCGAGUCGUGUGCCGUGCGAAGAAAACUAUUUAUUGAACGGGAUUACAGA